AUGUUCGGAGUUAUUAGCACAAUUAUUGUGUGGUUAUUAAGUUUAAUGUUUGGCCUUUACAUUUACAUUACAACACAAAUGGAUACAGACACAUUUAGUCAUCCAGUCGUUUAUGUAACAUUAACAAAUAAUUAUAAUUCUCACCCACUUAUAUACUUAAACUCGUUCCUCCUGUUUUUGGCUAUAGCUGAUUAUUAUUUAAUUCGUCGGAAUCAAAAAAUUAAAUUAAAUUUUUUCAAAACCACAACAAACUACAGUUUAAACAAAAGUUAUCAAGCUAAGCAAAAUAUUCUUUCAAUGAAAACCAUUUUUCCCCUUGAUUUUUCUUAUUCAUUUAUCUACACAAUAUUUAUUAUUUCGACAAACUUUAUUCGAUAUAAACGUGAAGAAUAUGGCCAGCUUGUGUAUAUACGGGCACAUGAAGGCUUAACUCUAGUAAAUAUUUAA